GCGUAGCGAUUAGAAGCUUAAUCAAAUGAAUGCCAAAAUUGUUGAAAUUCUGAGUGCUGAAGAAUGCGACAAAAUCGCUAGAAAUACUUUUAAAUUGAAAAAAGAUGAAAGUAUUAAAAUUAAUAGUUAUGCCCUUGAAAAGGGGCCGAAUGAACUUGUAGGCUUCAUGGGAGAAUAUUACAAAUUGCACAUUCGAGUGCAAGAUGAGCGACCGGGAGCGGGUGAUGGAAUUAAAGAUUUUUGUUACUUCGUUAAAUCGGUGCCCAUAUCAAAUGAGCUGCACCGGGCUGAAUGCGAGCGUAAGUGUUUCUUCAGCAAAGAGGUCUGUGCCUAUACCGAGAUUUUGCCAAAUAUACAGAAAUAUGCUUCUACGAAAUUAUAUCCCGAGUGCUAUUAUGCCCGCAGAGAUUUGUUGGUGCUCGAAGAUCUCGUAACGCCUACUUUGGGUUAUCGGCACUUGGAAACAAAUGAGCUAUAUACGCAUAAGCAUCGAAAGUUAUUUCUUACACACUUAGCACAGCUACAUGCGGCCAGCAUUGCCUGGGAGGAAAGAGAGGUCGUACGUUCUACCGGUUUGGUUUUAAUUUUUGAGUUUGACCCAUAA